UCCGUCGUGGUCAUAUCCCGUAGUCGUACCCCAGAGUCCAGAAAAAUACGGUCUCCUCCUCCUCUCCUCAUGCUUCCGGACGCUGCUCCCGGGGACGACCCCGCGGCCGGAUCAGCGGAGGCGGCGGAGAAGGUGAGGGUGAAGGUGCUGUUCUUCGCCCGCGCGCGGGAUCUGACGGGCGUCGCGGAGGCCUCCGUGGAGGUGCCCUCCGGGAGCACCGCGGGGGAGUGCCUCGGCCGGGUGCUGGCCUCGUUCCCCAAGCUGGACGAGAUCCGCCGCUCUAUGGUGCUCGCGCUCAACGAGGAGUACGCGCCCGAGUCCGCCCCCGUCGCCGACGGGGACGAGCUCGCCAUCAUCCCGCCAAUCAGCGGCGGCUGACUGAAAAUGAAGAAAAAGAAAGAAAGCAAGGUCGUCUUCUUUCUUCAAUACUUGUCUUUGCUUCCUGAUCAAUGUGCACGCUGAAUAAUACUCGCUCCGUUCCUAAAUACUUGUCUUUCUAGUCAUUUCAACAAGUGACUACAUACGGAGCAAAAUGAGUGAAUCUACACUCUAAAAUAUGUGUACAUAAUCUGUAUGUAGUAGUCAUUUGAAAUGUUUAGAAAGACAAAUAUUUAGGAACGGAGGGAGUACUAGUAAUAAAGUUGCGAUGUUCGCUGA